AUGAUACAUUUUGGUCCAGUAGCUAGAGUAUUAACUCAAAUAGUACUUAUAGCAGGGAAUGCAGUCUUACGUGUGACACUCCAUGCUUAUAAGGAAAGUAUAGUAAAUGGUAAACCAAUAGAUAUAUUAGUAAACUCAUUAAAUAAAAGGAUGAGUAUAACUGAAGCAACCAAGACACUUGGGUUAGAAUCAAUGUCUUCAAUAAAAAAAGAAGAUAUAUUAUCUAGAGCCAAAAGAAUGAUUGAAAUAAAUGAGCCAAAUAUUCAUAUGAAUUAUAGAGGAUCUCCUUAUAUUCAAGAAAAAGUCCGAAUAGCUGAGAAAAUACUAUAUGAAAGUAUCAGAAAUAGCUAG